ACACAAGUGUGAUGUGGAAAUUUGAAGCUCCAGUGCACAAACACUGAGAAUAUUUGCAUAUUUACAGAUUCGGGACUUUCCAAUGUGGGGGAGAAGGUGGAGAUGGAAUUUUAAGGUUUUUAACGGAGUAAUUUAACUUUUUUUGUGGAAAAACUGUAUCAGACACAAAUCAUAAUUCAAAGUAGAGUAUUUUAUAUAAAACAUGUCUGGAGGGGAUCUUAAGAAUUUAGAUUUGUGAAUAUGAAAGUAAAUGAAUCAAAUAGAACUGCCAACAGAGAUUCCUGUCAUAUUCAGUGAAUCCAAACAAUACAUUUUUCCAAAGUAAGAAUACAGUUGAUACAGUAGAAAUAUUUAAAUACAGUAGAUACAGUAGAUAUUUUUAGAUACAGUAGAUACAGUAGAUAUAUUUGUUUACGUCUAUCACGGAACCAAUCGUGUUUUUGUCAGGGGGCGCGACCAAUGAAAAAAGACUGAUGUCAAGUUAGUGGAAACAAUUACAAUGGGUCCGGAAGUUAAACGAAUUUGCUCCCAAUAAAAUAAAAGUGCAAACUCAACGAAAUGAUUCACAUAUUAUUGUCGAAUUGGAGAGGCGGUUUUAUUUUGAAAUCUAUAACAGGAAGUGCUGUUUUUCUAGUAUUCCGCAAUUGACAUUAGUGCAAAAAAAAUAAGCAGGAUGUAGCGGUACAUGUCAACCCCGCCGUCAGAAGUCCUUCUCUAUUUCAUGUCGACGCGGUGAGAGGAGUUUAGGGGGGAUGGGUGUUGUGAGGAUCGUCAGCAAGGACGACUAACGGUUGACAAAAUGUCGCACAUCCUGGAUGCGGCGUCCAGAGUGAGAUGGGACCGCUCGGCUGCGGCGAAGCGAGCCGUGUUUCUUGCGGCGGCUGCCUACGGUGUCAAAACGCUUUACCCCAUCAUCUGCAAGCAGCUCCGCAAAGACAAACAUCCAGGGAACAAUCGCCGGCUUUCCAGGACUGAAAACGGCUCCACAUGUGCGGUAAAAUCACAGAUAGACGCGGCUCAGAAAAAGACAACCCCAGGGGUGAAUGCAGAAUUUUUCAAGCAGAUCCUCGAACUUGCUAAAAUCCUCUUCCCCAAGCUUGUGUCCAAAGAGCUCGGUUUGCUCUGCUUGCACUCGGUGGCGCUGAUAUCUCGGACGUUUCUGUCUAUUUACGUGGCCAGCUUGGACGGCAAGAUUGUUAAAACGAUCGUAGAGAAGAAACCCAAAAGCUUCAUCCUCCAGCUGAUCAAAUGGCUCCUCAUCGCCAUCCCGGCCACGUUCGUCAACAGCGCCAUCCGGUACCUGGAGUGCAAACUGGCUCUGGCCUUCCGCACCCGGCUGGUGAACCAUGCCUACCGGACCUACUUCACCGAUCAGACCUACUACAAAGUCAGCAACAUGGACGGGAGGCUCGCCAACCCGGACCAGUCUCUCACCGAGGACGUCAUGAUGUUCUCCCAGUCGGUGGCCCAUCUCUAUUCCAACCUCACCAAGCCCAUUCUGGACGUGAUGCUGACCUCCUACACGCUGAUCCAGACCGCCCGGUCCAGGGGAGCAAACGCCACCGGGCCGACCCUGCUGGCCGGGCUGGUGGUCUUCGCCACCGCCAAGGUCCUCCGCGCUUGCUCGCCCAAAUUUGGCAAGCUGGUGGCUGAGGAAGCUCACAGGAAGGGUUACCUGCGCUAUGUGCACUCCAGGAUCAUUGCAAACGCGGAGGAAAUAGCUUUCUACAGGGGACACAAGGUGGAGAUGCGUCAGCUGCAGAAGUGCUACCGGGCUCUGGCAGACCAGAUGAACCUGAUCCUGUCCAAGCGUCUCUGGUACAUCAUGAUCGAGCAGUUCCUCAUGAAGUACGUGUGGAGCAGCAGCGGGCUGGUCAUGGUGGCCGUGCCGAUCAUCACGGCCACCGGCUUCGCUGACAACGAAACGGCAGAUGGUCAGACGCAGGUGUUGGUGAGCGAGAGGACGGAGGCUUUCACCACAGCCCGUAACCUUUUGGCCUCAGGAGCCGAUGCCAUCGAGAGGAUCAUGUCCUCCUACAAAGAGGUCACAGAGCUGGCAGGCUACACUGCGAGGGUCCACAACAUGUUUGUGGUGUUCGAGGAUGUCCAGAGGGGUGUUUACAAGCGCUCCUCUCUGUCAUCCACAGCAGGAGGGGAGAAGAAGAGCAAGCCUGAGAUGCACAUAGACGGACCACUGGAGAUCAGGGGUGAAGUGAUAGAUGUUGACAACGGCAUUGUAUGUGAGAAUGUCCCAAUUAUCACACCAAACGGGGACGUAGUAGUGUCAAGCCUGAAUUUUAAGGUGGAAGAGGGCAUGCACCUAUUGAUCACGGGGCCGAACGGCUGUGGAAAAAGCUCUCUGUUCCGGAUCCUCAGUGGUUUGUGGCCUGUCUACGGUGGCCGCCUUCACAAACCUUCUCCUCAACAUAUGUUCUACAUCCCUCAGAGGCCCUACAUGUCCAUGGGUUCACUGCGAGACCAGGUGAUCUAUCCAGAUUCGGUGGAGGACAUGGCUGCUAGGGGCCUUAGUGACAAAGACCUGGAGGCCAUCUUGGACAUCGUCAACCUCAACCACAUCGUCACCAGAGAAGGAGGGUGGGACACUGAGCUGGACUGGAAGGAUGUGCUGUCAGGAGGCGAGAAGCAGAGGAUGGGCAUGGCCCGCAUGUUCUACCACAUGCCUAAAUAUGCCCUGUUGGAUGAGUGUACCAGCGCUGUGAGCAUUGACGUGGAGGGAAAAAUCUUCCAGGCUGCCAAAGAUGCCGGCAUCUCCCUGCUCUCCAUCACACACAGACCCUCCCUGUGGAAGUACCACACCAACCUGCUGCAGUUCGACGGGGAGGGAGGCUGGCGCUUCGAGCAGCUGGACACGGCGACCCGCCUCUCCCUCACCGAGGAGAAACAGCGGCUGGAGGCCCAGCUGGCCGGCAUCCCCGAGAUGCAGCAUCGCCUCAAUGAGCUCUGCAAGAUCCUGGGAGACGACUCUGUCCUCAAAACAGCCGAGGAGUGAGAGAGUAGGGGAGGGUGGAAAGAGGCCCUGGGGGGAAAAACAGACAAGAGUGGGGGUAGAAGAAGAGAGUGUGGGAGAUGAAGAGGCAAUGAAAGAAAAAGGAAUCUGUAAGGCGAGGGGGUGGGGUUAGCAUUUUUUCAGGGUUAGAUUUUUUCUUUUUUUUCUUGUUUAGAUUUUUUCUUUUCUUUUGCUCUGAGCCUUUCCUGUUAGAGCAGGAGAGCUCUCGACGCCAGCUAGUCUUUCAGCUCUCCUUUCUCCUCUCCCACUUCUUUUUAAUCUUUCCUUUGCCCAUCUGAGAAGUGAAGGGGGUGAGUGAAGUGGAUUCACCAGUAUUACCCCUCCCCCUGACCCCCAUUACCCCGAUUUUAAACGUUUGCUUUUAGCGUGCAUCAUUUUUCAAUUUCUUACAUAUGAAAGUGGCAGAACUGAGACAUCUAAAUUCACCAAGAUGGUUCAUUUUCUUUGUUUUACACAGUAGCACUUUACUCUGCUUCUAGAGGGCUGUUUUUGUUUUGUUGUGGUAGCUCGCAGUGAAAUGAGGCGAUAGCUGCGUUUUAGCUGGAAAACUUUUUUAAUAUUGAACCACUAAAUUAUGUCCAAAGCAGUAUUCCACACCCAAUCGCACUGGGUUGUGCAGGAUCCACAUUUGUUUUUACCUCCUUAAUUUUAGUAGUUUUUACUGAUCUUAAUGCAACCUCUUAGUUUCGAGAGGUCAAAAGAGACUAUUUUUAAAAAUGUCACUAUAUGCCUUUGUUUGGUUUUGUGUACAUACCGUAGCAGCCAUACAAUCCCUGUCCUUGUCUUACCUCGUCUUUGCCCUGAAUUUUCUCAAACCUUUCAACCACUGGCACAAGCUCAGUUGCAGACUUGCACAGAGCCAUCUUGGGUCUAUUAUUAGAGCGAUUAGUGACGCAGGUCUGACUCCGAAACUACAGGUUUCUGGUUUAUUGAACAAACACAAUGAGCUAAAGAGGCCCUCUUCAGAGGAGCGAGCAAUCUGGUAGUCUGGCCUGUCUAGGAACAGUCACAUACUAUAUACUGUACAUGGAUGAGCAGGUAGUCAUUCAGACUUUGUUACUGUCACACCGGCCACCUGCCGCAGCUCUCCCCCUCCCGGUGUUGACACAAAACACACUCUGGUGUCUGCUGUGUGUCGGAUGCCUGCUGGGACUCUGCUUUGUCAGCAGUGCUGAUCCGGCUCUGUGGGUCCUUUUGAGCCUGUUGAGAUGCACAUUACAGCAUGGCGGUACUUGACAAUAAGCUGACACACUAUGCCAAUCAACAGCUGAGUGAUUAUGACACAAGAAAUACUUUAUUUUUCACCUUUCUACAGUGCAAGCUGAUUAUCUUUUAAUAUUUUCAGGUGUGUUUACAUGCAUCUCAAUAUUACAGAUAAUACUUCACAUAUUAUUAUGUUAUAAUACAAGAGGCCUUAUUGGGUUGUACCUAAUAUGAGCAUUUCAUGAUAGGGCUAAUAUACUGUAGAGGAGAGGUUGGAGUUCAGGCUUGUUAAUAGAUUAACGUCUUUGCAGCUCAUUUUUGGCUCAAGGAUACUUCAGCAGGUUGUUCAGCCUCUAUCCUUCAGAUCUUGGCUAUUUACAGGAACAAAAGCAGAAUACUUAGCAUAAAAUUGUAUGAUGAGGUACUGGUGUUUAUCUACAGUGGCUGUUGUCAAAGUUGGGUUGUUUUUCCUCAUUUAGCCUCCAUGUUUGUUACCAGCAACUUGUGUGAAAGUAUGUACUGUACUGUGAAAUUAGGGAUUUGUUACAUUAACAUCAUUUUGUUCCAUUAGAAAAGUCAUAAAAACUGUGUUUUCAUGUGGUGGUUCUAAGCUGUGGUUGUGGCUGCUUAUAUGGUACGUUCUUUUUAUAGUUCAGAUGUGUUUAGGAACAGUGACCUAGACAGACUUUGCCUCUCAGAUUGCAUUGAAUUGAGUUGAAUGGAAAAGUGAUAAUGUGUGGAGAAGUUGUGGAUGUUUGUGUCAUUCAUUUGCAGUCUUCAGAUAUCACCAUAGAUACAUAGAGUUCUAUAUGUGGUUUCAUACAUUUCAAAAUUUGCAAUGUGACAGUUUGAAUCCCUCAAUAAAUUUCAGAAACAUUUAAA